AUGAGUAAGGACAACUUCAGGGAGUGUGGAUUGAAAAUGGGACCAGCUAUGAAACUUGCAAAAGAAGCAAAUGCUCUCAAGACCAUGCCGAAGCAUCCUUUCUCCUCAUAUCACAGUUUGAAAGAAGUGCUGGCAAAAUAUGACCUUAAUAAUGGGAUGACAAGUAUUCUGCAAUUUAAACCAG